UUUUUUUUUUUUUUUUUUUUUUUUUUUUUUUUUUUUUUUUUUUUUUUUUUUUUGGUGUGUGUGAACUAUAUGAAUGCAAACUGUCUAUAAAAAGGUUUUGGGGCAAAAAAAUCUCUGUCAAUCUCUGUCAAUCAAUCUCUAUGAUAAGGAGUGAAUCAACAACACAGGACAGUAUAGUGAGAGUGUUCAUUCUAUACUAUUAUUAUUCUCUUGUCUUUCUCUUCUUUGCAUUUCAAUAUGAUAACAACACAAUAGAUGUGUAUAUAAAAAUCAUACUGAUAAUCAUGACUACUGCUUCUUUUGCUCAUUUUUCAUUCAUUCAUCAUCAACAUUAUUGUCAAUAUCAUCAUCAUCAUCAUCAUCAUCAUCAUCAUCAUCAUCAUCAUGAUCUUUCUCAACACUUCAUCUCAUGAUGGCAUUUGGACCAGGUGUGUGACACACCUGCCACAUGGUUGAUUGAUUACACAUCAUAUACAACUGUUGCUGUUGCUGUUGCAGUUGCAGUUGCAGUUUCAGUUUCCUCCUCCUCCUCCUCCUUCUUUUCUCCCCCUGGACUCUGUUGUUUUCUUUCUUUCUUCUUCUCCAUCUCUCAUCUCUCUCUUUGCUUGCCAUCACAACAACAAUCUUCCUCCUACUCUCACAUUCUGCGUUUCUUCCCUAGAGAAUCGCUUCUUUCUAUCCGUUCAUCCUCUACUUCAUCCUCUUCUUCCAUCUCUCUCUCCUUACUCUGCACUGAAUCUUCCCUCGAAACCUGUGGCGUCAUAUCUUUUCUUUGCUCCCUAUUCCACGCGUGUUUUUGGUUGAUUCGUACAUCCAAACCUCUCGCCCAACCAGACAAGGGGACAACAGCUCAGUUUUGGCUCGAAAAGCGACCGGUUCGAGGGGCUUAAAAUCAAUCGAGAUUUUUCUUUUUUGUCCCUUUGUAUCUUCUCGUACUCAAUUCGACUUUUUUCGUGUAUUCUUUGUAAUAUCCUUUCUAUUUUCAUUACCUAUCUCCCUGUUCCCGCCCACUGCAUUCCUUAUCUCGUCUCCCAGUCUCGGAAGAUCCGUUGGCGGGCACAUACCCGCGUUAACUGCCAAGUUUGUUCUUUGUUACCCGAAGCUACUUGUCGUAUAAGGAGAAGGCUAAAGUAAACGAAACUUUGUCUUUUUGUGUUUCUGGACAUUGGAUCGGUAGAGGACUACUCGAAUUGGUAUGUGUUUGGGUUCUACUUGCUUACCUUCUCAUCGGUAGGGUAUUUUUUCAGCGCGCCUGGCGUUGGAUAAACGAUCAAUAUCUUUUGUUUAGGUCCUUGUCUCACAGUUGGAAUUGACCUUGGAUAAAGUCGAUGUGAAUGAGAUAAUCAUUUGUCAAGUCAUAUCGAUCUCGUGUUUAUUCCCAUUGUCGUGGCAUGGAUGCCAUCCAUAUUGAGCUUAUUCGCUGUCACAUACCACCAUCGAUUUCCUAUCCUCAAGCUUUUCGUUAUCAUUCCUUGCUGAAUUCUGGCGUUUACUGGCUGAUUUGUAGUCAGGCAUUUCAGGCGUUUUGACUAAUUUCCGUUUAAGGCUUAUACGAUUUGUCCACCUUGCGGCGAAUAACCUAAAGGGAAACGAAAUUUAUCCUUGGCCAAGGAAUUCUAGUUUAUUCGAGGGAACUGCACAGGAGAUAUUAAACGCAAGUUCAACUCCUGUAGCGAACAUGUCAGCCAUGGAGGAAGGGCAUUCAUCUCGAAAAGGGGUUUCGGAGAACGGGCAAGAAAAUGCUCAGGCAACGUGUCUUCGUCCAUCGUUUAAUGAAACCAAAUCCAGGAGAUAUGAGAUUCGUACAUUGUUAGAUAUUGGACGUCGGCUUGGUGCAAGGAGCGAUUCUUCCGCGUAUAGUACCAAGACAAUCGAUGUCGCCACUUUGAGACACCGCAGAGAAGACUCUGGGAGUCGGGUGUUGACAGAAAAGCCGGUUAACCGCCACCGAAUCUCCUCAAGCUUCUCUAUGAGCAACGAGGACGGAUUGUUGCUCACACAGUCCAACAAUGUUCAGUAUCCUCGUCGUCAACCAUUAAAUGCGCCCCAAGGCACCCUCGCCCAAAGUGAUGCGGGUUUCGCCCGCUUUCUGAAGGAACACGCAUCACCCAAACAUCACAGGGUUACUGCAGGAGGUCGAAUAGUUCCCAUGAACCUCGCAUCAUCUCCUGCCCCUGAGUUCAAGCUACCGGUCAAAAGUUCCGAACAGGUCGAAAUUAGGAAACCUAAUAAUAACUACUUGCAAAACCAGCCACUGAAGACGUGUGCCGACUUCAAUCAGGAGAAAGAGGAUAUACAACACCCAAGCCUGCGCUGCGAACCAGAUUCUAACAAACCUGUCGGCUUCAAUUUCUUGGUUCCACGGGCGAUAUCCGGAUCGGAUUCAGGGGAUACGAGGCAACCUCAUCACACGGUUCCGAACUCCUCGACAAGGACAGCCUCAGGUCAACAAACCCAGCGGCAAGUGAAUGAACCCCUCAACUCUCAUCCCGUGAGAGGAGAAACUGUCCGGCAAAUCACAUCGGAAAGCACCUCCGUUUCCUCCGCUUAUUCUGUCCCUAAUGGAGGAGCUGAUCAGGCUGGCUGGGUUCCUAACAACCCCCAACCGUAUCAUGCUUCCUCUUCGUCGGGCCAAAUGUUCCCCAUGGCAUAUACAACACAACACGGCGCAGUUUUCGGUAUGUACCCUGUCGACCAAUCAGGAUUAAUGAUAUCUGCUCCUCCGCAGCUAUUCCCGGUCUCACCCAUCCCGAUAAAUCAAGCGAUGAUUCAGAACGCGCAGGUUUCGAACCAGGUAAUGUCAUCAGCAGGCCUCUCAGAGCCGCUAAACCAUAAGUCCCUCGAAAAGGCGACACAGGAGUACGAUAAACUUACAGAUCAGCUUGCAAAUUUGGACAGAUACCUUGCAAUACACUCUUGGGAUAUUGACCCAGCUGCGAAGAAAAUCCUUAUUGAUCAACGGGUAGAACUUGUCGUGAAACUUGACGCCGCAAGGUCAACAAAAGAACAGAUUGAGGCAGCAAUCCAAUUCUUGACCUCCCGGCCCAUGGGUGAGGAACAGUCUUUGGGCCAUCAGCAAUUCUCAAAUGAGAUUUGCGGCCUAUCCCCUUGGCCGUCUAACAUUGGACAGUACACUAAUAAUGUAUUUCUGGGGGGCAUGAAUCCAAUUGGGUGCUUGAUUCCAGGGAUGGGGCUACCGAUGGCUGAUUCAUUCGACAAUGCUUUUUUAGAACAAGCAAGGCUGCCCUUCACGUUUCCUGGUCCUGUGACCGGCUUUGAAGGCUGUCAGCCUUUAAAUGGAGACAAUCAUGGCAACAGUACGGUAUAUGAGUGGGCCGGUAACAAUGAUUUGAUGGCUGGCAACAAUUAUACCAUCUCGUCAGAUGAGCAGCUGAAUAUAAUUCAACCGAGUGAGACGGGAAGCAUGUUCGAGAGCACCAACGAAACCAUUACGGAAUGCGCUCCACCCGAGAUUGCUCGAGUUUAUCACGAUAUCGAAAUAGCGGCCAGUCGAGGCGAACCGCUGGGGCCACUCAUUGAGGAGCUGGCAAUAGUAGCAAGAAAGCUCAAUAUUUCUGGCAUUACGAAGAACCAAGGUCUGGCCAUGCAACGUGAAAAGGAUCCUCAGUGCACCGCUUCUGCAGGGAAGCAGCUCGCACUAGUUCCGUUCAACGGAGGGACCACAAUUGCGAGUUCUAGUGAUAAGUCAGACCGUACCCGCUCUGCAACGACUGAUUCGCUAGGUACCUCUCAAGACAGCAUUAGGAAUCAAAACACGACCAUCCGAACGCCUGGGAAGAUCUGCAACGCCUCAUCGCAAAUAAAUGAGGGAAAAGACAAGAAUGGCGUUAAACGCAAAGGUGAUGAUGAUAAAAACAUUCAUUCCGGAGGAAAUCUAAACAUAACAAAGAACACUAGGUCAAAUGAAGAGAAACGACAAACCUACGAUGGGGCUAGCGGGGCGGGCAAUGCUGACGUCCUUUGUGACAAUAACGGUGGUAAGCACCAUACCAAGCAGAAAAUGAGAGCGCAGGAUUCUCCCACGCCCGUUGGCAAAGCUGCUGGUGCAGUCGUUGUAGGCAAGCCAGCUAGCCAGACUGCUGCACGCAGCAAUGAGAUUCCAUUCAGCCCUUGGAAGCAGGUGGGACAGGACACUGGUUCGCCACACAAAACAAAUACUUCGACAGCAUCUCAUAAGGUGAAUGCGUACGGCUUCGUACCCCGUUUUGAUGGCGCAGGCGACGCGGAUGACCGCAAUCCCAAGGCAGCAAGUGCCGUUUUGAAUUCUACAGUCGGCGGUGCUAGCACUACCAAAACCACGGGCGACAAAUGGUACCGCAAGACACCUCGCAAAGCCCCCGACCCGCUAGACGUGCGAGCAUUUUUCCAGCACUUGCGUGAAGAGGAGAGAGAAUUGAUGGAUAAGUACCGGAAGGAUAGUCGUCCCUUUGGAUAGAGAAGUCAAAAAACUCAUGCGAAACACCGAUACUGGGAGAAAGGGGGUUGUUUGAUAGGCGAUUGACAGGAAUUGGCAGGAAUUGGCGCAUUGGCGACCACUUGAAUAUGGCGCGCGGGGAGAGUGAAGGAGAACAAGGACAGGAAUUGCGCUUGCAUUUGAUUGACGUAUGAUGUUUUGUUUGAGGGAUUCGUCUGAUUAUUGCGUUAGUGAUUGCUGACAGGUGGCUAAUAAUGACUGCAUGAUUAAUGGCUGACAUUUGAUAACUUGGUUGCUUUUGUUGAAGAAAGAAAACUGGAGCUGAAGAAAAAAAAAAAAAAAAAACCUAAAAAAACUAAAAAAAGAAGUAACGACAGGAAAGUUGGGCAAAUAGUUGAGGACCAAGCGAUGAUGGUUUUUAUAGCAACAGACAUUUCGAGUCCCAGGAUUAGGAAUCCAUGACAAUACAGUUUUGUUCCUGA